AUGGAAUCAAUUCAUAGUGAAAAAGUUUUAUUGAUCUCAUCCAUUUCUGAUAUGACACGAAUAUUGAGUCAAAUUGAAAACUUAUCUCAAAUUGAUAGUAUCUUUAUUUUCGAUUGGCAACAACAAUCACAUGACCAUUCUAGUUUCGAAUAUUCAAAAGUCAUUGGUAUUUUUGAUGAUUUCGAUAUGUUGUCGGUUUCGAUUGAAAAACAAAUAGAAUUUCUCAAUGAACAUUUUCAAACCUUUAGUUUUUUUGAUCAAAAUGAACAUUUAAUAAAAGACUUAUCAAAACAUACAUCUGAUCUUCUCUGGUAUCAACUUUAUCAUGAUGUUUUGUGUCAGUCAACAUACAUGACUGAAGAUGCUUUACAAACAAUGAUUCACGAAUAUCGUUCAUCGUAUCGAGAAAAUAGUAAAGCAAUUGAAACAAUUGAAAAUUUUGCAAGAGAAUAUCGAUCGGAGGAUGCUUUACAAUGGUACUUGAAAAAAACAUUUCUCUAUAGAAUGACAAACAAAGCAUUAAAAGUCAAAAAUAUUGAUCAAUUGCAUGUACUCAGGUGUUUUAUGAAAGAUCUAACACAAUGUUUUAUUCGUGAACAUCGAAAAUUGAUCGAGACAGGCAAAGAAAAACUUAUUGUCUAUCGAGGAAUGAAAUUAUCAAGAGAUCAGAUUGGAAAAUUUACUGAGAAUCUUGGUCAACUCAUUUCAACCAAUGGUAUUUUAAUCACAACUAGUGAUCGUUUAACCGCAUUGAAUCAAGUAAUAUUCAAUCAAAAAAACGCAAAUCUUUGUUCUAUUCUAUUGAAAAUCGAAUGUGAUUUGUUACAUAUAAAUGGUGUUGAUAUUAUUGCUGAUCUAGAGGAAGAAUAUCAAAUGAUUUUGUUCAAUUCAAAUGCUACUUUUCGAUUGGUUGACGUAAAAAUGAAUGAAGAAAUUACUUUAAUUCAACUCAUUCUAUCAAAUGAAAGUCAAAUUAUAAAAGAAAAAUAUAUAAAUGAUUCUCGCCGUCGAAUAGCCAACAUUAGUCUUGAUAUUCUGUUUGGUCAAUUAAUGUGUGAUAUGGGCUUGUGGAAUGAAUCACAACAUUACCUAGAAUAUUUAUUCAAUAGUUCACAAUUGAAUAAUGAAGAUCUCAUACGGAUUGAAUAUAGUCUUGGCGAUGUUUAUCAAUGGAAAGCCGAAUGGUACGAUGCACGAAAAUAUUAUGAUCGUGCUUAUGCUAUAAUAAAAAAUGUUCAACCUAAAAAUAUCAAAGAAUCAGUUUAUGUGCUCUGGAAUAUUGGCAACAUCGCCUGUGAAGAAGGAAAAUAUGAAGAGGCUUAUGAUUAUUAUAGAAGAGCAUUAGCAUUUCUAAAGUCAAAUAAUACAUCUAAAACGACACGUAGAGUUCUUUUGUUACAUGAUCAAUUCAAUUCUAUAUUAAGUCAUAUUUAUCGUAGGUUUGGAUUGAUAUUUAGCAAUAUAUCUGGAUUCCUCCAGUCGACAUCUGUCUGGUUUAGGACUAGAGUAUGGUCAAAAUUUGAUAAUUUAUUACGUAGAAAACAAGAAACGACGAAUAUUGAAUUUGUUAGUGAACUAUCGAACAAAAUGAAGGUUGACGAAAUAUAUCGGGAAGUAUUAGACUAUGAUUGGCAACAGUGGUGUCUAGCUAAUAUGAACAGUUCAGUUCUCAUCGGUGCUAUUCUUCGAAGUAUUGGAAGAAUCUUGAAUGAGCAGUGUAGAUACAAAGAAGCACUUCUCGCUCAUCAACAAGCACUAACAAUUUUCGAACAAUUUUAUCAAUCUUCACACAUUGAGAUUGCUUUAAGUCUGUACUAUAUUGGUACAGUUUUUAACUGUCAAGAAAAACAUGAGGAAGCUCUAGAUUUCUGUGAACAAGCCAUGUCCAUUUUUAAAAGAUAUUAUCCAAAUGGUCAUCUAUACAAUGCUCAAAAUCUCAACAGCAUUGGUCAUGUUUUUUAUAGUCAAAUAAAAGAUAAUGAUUCUGAAAAUAAAUAUCAACAAGCAUUAGCAAUGAUGAGAAAAUACUAUUCGUCAGGCCAUAUUAGUACAAUUGAGAGUCUUGUUGGAAUAGGAAAUAUUCGCUGUCGACAAGGAAGAUACGAUGAAGCAUUGAUAUUUUAUCAACAAGUGUUGAAUAUUCUCAAAAAAUAUCACUCAUCUGGUCAUAUGAGCACCAUCAUUCUUUUGAACAACAUUGGAUAUACAAAAAAGCAAGAAGGAAAGUAUGAUGAGUCUCUUGAAUUUCAUCGCAGAGCAUUAGAUAUGCAACAGAAAUAUUAUUCAUCUUAUUAUGCUGCACUAGCUAACACUUUCAAUAACAUAGGAAAUGUACUAGAAUGUACAUUCAAAUACAAUGAAGCAUUGGACUAUUUUAAGCAAGCAUUCAACAUGCAAAUGAACUAUUAUCCGUCAGGUGAUAGUUCAAUGGUGGCAAGUCUCAAUAAUAUCGGAAAUGUUUUUUUUUAUCAAAAGCAGUACAAUGAUGCUUUGAGUAAUUAUCAGCAAGCGCUGACAAUUUGCCAAACACAUGUACCAUAUGCAAGCAAUUCUGUAGCUUUUUGUAUGAAUAAUAUUGGAAUCACUCUAUGUGAGCAACAGAAAUAUGCUGAAGCUCUUGAAUAUCAUCAGAAAGCCCUUGAUACACUAGAAAAUAAUUUUUCAUUGUACCAAACUAGUAUAACGAACAGUCUUAGUUACAUUGGCGAUCUUAUGAUCGAAGAGAAAAAAUACAGUGAAGCCCUUGACUAUUAUCAAAAAGCGUUAACAUUACUAGAAAACUAUCUUGCUUCUCCACAUAUUAAUAUAGCUGAUAUUCUCAAUCGUAUUGGUAAUGUCUUAUACCAUCAACGGAAAUAUGACGAAGCCAUUGAGUUUUAUCGACGGUCAUUAUCGAUUCGAGAGCAACUUAAUUCAAUUGGUAGUAUUGAUAUGGCGACUGUUCUUAACAAUAUAGGACUUGCCUUAUAUGAGAAAGCGGAUUACGAUGGAGCUCUUGAAUAUUAUCGAAGAGCCUUAGUUAUUCAAGAAAAAUAUUAUCAAUCAUCCAAUAUCGUUAUUGCAAAAAGCCUUAACAGAAUCGGUGUUGCGUUAUACAGUCAGAGGAAAUAUGAUGAAGCACUGGAAUUUUAUCAACGGUCAUUAUCUAUUCGGGAGAAACUGGAUCCGGUCGGUAAUAUUGAUAUGGCGACUGUUCUUAACAAUAUCGCUCUUGCUUUAUAUCAAAAGGGCAACUACGAUAUCGCUUUGCCAUAUUAUCAAAGAACUUUAGCGCUUCGAGAGAAAUAUAGUGAAUGUUCCCAUGCUGAUGUCGCUGAUACACUCAAUCGUAUUGGUAAUACACUAUAUGGUCGACGACGGUUUGACGAAGCACUCGAGUUUUAUCAAAGAGCUUUGUCUGUUUGGGAAAAACUAGAUCCACUUGGUAAUAUUAAUUCGGCGACUGUUCUUGGCAAUCUUGGUCUUACUAUGUAUGAGAAAUGUGAUUAUGAUUCAGCACGUUUAUAUUAUCAGAGAGCUUUAGUCAUUCAAGAAAAAUGUUAUGAAUCAUCAAAUCUCAAUGUUGCAAAUAGCCUAAGCAGGAUCGGUCUUACGUUAUACGCUCAGAAGAAAUACAAUGAAGCACUGAAAUUUUAUCAACAAUCAUUAUCUAUUCGAGAGAAACUAGAUUUACUUGAUAGUAUUGAUAUGGCGACUGUUCUUAACAAUAUAGGACUUGCCUUAUAUGAGAAAGCGGAUUACGAUGGAGCUCUUGAAUAUUAUCGAAGAACCUUAGUUAUUCAAGAAAAAUAUUAUCAAUCACCACAUAUCGAUAUUGCAAAUAGCUUUAACGAAAUCGGUCUUACAUUAUACGCUCAGAAGAAAUAUGAUGAAGCACUGGAAUUUUAUCAACAAUCAUUAUCUAUUCGGGAGAAACUAGAUCCAGUCGGUAAUAUUAAUAUGGCGACUGUUCUUAACAAUAUAGGACUUGCCUUAUAUGAGAAAGCGGAUUACGAUGGAGCUCUUGAAUAUUAUCGAAAAGCCUUAGUUAUUCAAGAAAAAUAUUAUCAAUCACCAGAUAUCGAUAUUGCAAAUAACUUUAACAGAAUCGGUGUUACGUUAUACGGUCAGAAGAAAUACAAUGAAGCGAUCGAGUUUUACGAAAAAUCACUGUCUAUUCAUGAAAUAUUAUAUCGAUUGGGUAGUAUUGAUACCGCUGUUGUUCUAAGUAAUAUAGGUCUUGCUAAGUAUCAAACGUAUGAUGAUGAUGAAGCCCUAAAUUUCUACCGUCAAUCAUUAACAUACUAUAAGAAAUAUGCAUCAAAUUGUUCGGAUAUUAUUACAUGUCUGGAUAGGAUAAUUUUAAUUUUAACAGAACAAAGGAAAUAUGAUGAAAUUGUGGAUACUCAAAAAGAAAAAUUGACAAUUCUUCAAAACAACAUACCUAUCGAUCAAAUGAAAGUUGCGAAAUGUUUGAAUGACAUUGGUGUCACUUUAUUUAAGCAAAUGCAGUUUGAUCCAUCGAUCGACUUUUGUCAACAAGCAUUGACCAUACUGGAAGAACAUUACCCAUAUGAUCAUGUGGAAAUAAGUGUUUGCCUAUCAUGGCUCGUUGCUAACUUGAAUAUAAAGACUGAGUAUGAUCGUGCUGUUGAAUAUUUACAACGGUGGCUGCAAAUCACGGAAGCUAGUCUACCUGUUCAUGAGCUUUGCACACAUGAAGUGUUCAAUUGGUUGCGAUUGAUAUCAAGAAAUAGAGGGCAACAUGAGCUAUCCCUUAUCUAUGAACGAAAUCAUUUGAUUAUGUGUCUGCAACAUCUACCAUCAGAUCAUGAAUGCAUUGGUGAUAGUUUUUCAGCUAUAGGCGAAAUUUACGAAAAUCUUCAUCAACCGAAUUUCGCAUUGGAUUUCUAUAAACAAGCAUUUCUAAUAUACAAGAAAUGUUUGUUCUUUAUAGAUGCUCGUCUACUGAUGACGAUGUUGAAUAUCGAGCGACUCUCGGAAGAGCUUGGUAUACAAUCCGAUGAACUAAAUGAAUCUGAGUUUUUAUAAUGCAUAAAAUGAAUCGUGACAAUGCUUUCAUCUAUUGAAUUUUAAUCGAGUAAAUCUAUUGCAUAAAGGUGAAAUUCAUUCUGAAGUUGAAAGGCGCAAAGUAAAAUAAGAUACAUUUUUGUAAAGCAUCUUAUCCAAUACUUAGGGUGUGGGAGUGGAUGUGGAGUGUGUGGGUCUGUAGGUGUGGAUGUUUAGUGUUCUUCAACCCGCACUCACACCCACACCUCACACCCACACCUCAAACCCUACAAUCCAAUGUUGAUUGUUUUAAACUUUGUCUUAUACAAUAUAAUUAUAUAAGACAAGAUCACUGGUUCAAAACGUCAAUUAAGAAGGAAUAUUGUUUGUGUAAUAUAUUUUCUUAGAAGAGUAACACAUUUGAGUAUUUUGUUUUCACGGGUUCUUUUACCUUUUUUGCAAUCUUGAAGAAAGAAACUUUUGAUCUAACAUUGUUUAUUUGUUCUUCAAUAAAAUAUUUAAUCAUGGUCCUUUCUUUUUCUCAAGGUAUAUCGGCGUGUUUGUUUUUGUUAUUUUUAUUUAUACAAUUAGAUUUGAAUGUUAGUCGUACCAAUCACUGAUACUAUCCAUCUCUUCUUGAGAGCGUUCUCUUUU